AUGUCAGACGAUCACGAUGAUCUUGCCGAACGCAUUGCAGCAGCAAGGCGAGAAGCUGAAUUACUUAAGGACCGCAUUAAACAACGUCGAGAUGCCCUUGCCGAUACAACACUGAAAGAAAUGGCAAAAGAUAUCCCACCGAUUCCUCGACUUGUGAUGAAAGUACGACGACAACUACGCGGCCAUCUUCAAAAGAUUUAUGCGAUGCAUUGGGCUGACGACGCACAACACCUUGUUUCAGCAUCCCAAGACGGCAGACUUAUGGUGUGGAAUGCAUACACAACCAACAAGUUGUAUGCCAUCCCACUUCGCUCUUCUUGGGUGAUGACAUGUGCCUAUUCACCAUCCGGCCGCUUCGUUGCCUGUGGUGGCCUUGACAACCUUUGUUCAGUAUACAACAUUAGCACACGACAAGGACCUAGUCGCCCUGCACGUGAACUAAUGGGGCAUCAAGGUUAUCUUACAUGCUGCCGAUUUCUGGAUGAUACCAAAAUCGUGAGCUCUGGAGGAGAUCAUACUUGUAUUUUAUGGGACGUGGAUGCAGGUGUUCGAUUAACAUCUUUUGAGGAUCAUCAAAGCGACGUUAUGAGCGUGUCUCUUUCAUCCCAGAACCCCAACAUCUUUGUCUCUGGUUCUUGCGACACACAGGCCAAGGUCUGGGACAUUCGUUCAGGGCAGUGUACACAAACAUUUGUGGGUCACGAAUCGGACAUCAACUCUUUGCAAUUUUUUCCCGAUGGACUCGCAUUUGCAACAGCCUCAGACGACGCCAGCUGUCGCUUAUUCGAUCUUAGAGCUGAUAGCGAGCUUAAUUGCUUUGCAAAUGAAGAUCUUUUGCACACUGUCACCUCCGUUGAUUUUUCCAUCUCAGGCAGACUACUUUUUGCAGGCUACGACGAUUACAGCGUAAGAGUUUGGGAUAGCCUAAAGGGUGAACAAGUUGGUACCCUCUCUGGUCACGAUAAUAGAGUCUCUUGCAUUGGUGUCGCAAAAGACGGCAUGGCCUUUUGUUCAGGCAGCUGGGAUAGUCAUCUCAAGGUCUGGGCUUAG